AUGCUCCGGCGACUUGUCGAUGUUGGAAGAUGUGAUAGCUAUGAGAAGCUGGGACGCAAAAGCCUUGCUUGUUUUGAUUGUGGCCCUGAGCCAUGCACAACCUCCGCAGGCAAUCAAUUUCAUCGGCGUCCUGCUCCAGUCGCUUCCCCGUACGGAGACGGAUCGAAGCGACAGCGGACGGAACAGCCCAAGCCACCUUGUGCCUUCUUUCGUGUUGGCCGCUGCGCCAAAGGAGCGAACUGCCCCUACGCCCAUGAAGAUGGAGAAGUGGCUGAAGAUUGGGCUUCUGGGGGAAACUCUUGGCCGGUGACUGUGGCGGUGCCUGUGGAAAGGAAGGUUCCGCAGGUUGUUCCUCCGCCUGCGGACAGACCUGUGAGCAGACGCUCGCCAGCUCCAGUGCCAACGGAUGAUUCAAGCACGAUGUUCAAGCGAACGCUAUGCAAAUUUUUCCUCAACGGGUGCUGCGUCAACGGUGAGAUGUGCACCUUCGCCCACGGAGAACAUGAGUUGCAACAGCCGGCAGAAGGAGGCACGUGGGUUUUCAUACCUUCGACUGCGCCGACUGCACCCACAAAGAUGGGUUCAAGCUGGGGUGCCCUGGCUUUGGCUUCGCGAAAGACACAGCUGUGUGCUUACUUUGAAGCUGGAUCAUGCAAAAAAGGUGCUGCGUGCAACUUCGCGCACGGUUCUUCUGAGCUCGAACCUCGGCCGAGAUUCGCAUUUGUCCGCACAUGCAUGCGCCUUCUUACAGCCUUUUUGCAUCGCUUCAUACGAGGAAAGCGAGGGAUGGAUGAACUGGAAUCGCGGCGAGUAUCGGCCAGACCACUUCAAAACCCGCAUGUGUAA